UGGCUCUGCCCUGUUGAUAGGGCAUUGUGCAGGCGUUAUUGACGUGAGGGAGUGGUUAAUGUAGCAGGAGUUCGUCUUUUGUUGGUGGGAUAACUACAACCAUGAACAGAUCAGUAGAUCCCAAGAAAGUUAACUCGGAGCUGUUCACGCUGACGUACGGGGCGCUGGUGGUGCAACUGCUCAAUGACCUGGAGAGUGUGGAGGAGGUCAACAAGCAAUUGGACAGGAUGGGCUACAACAUUGGCGUCCGACUGGUGGAGGAUUUCAUCGCUCGCACGAGCGCGGACAAGUGCUACGAUCUACGAGAAACUGCCGACAAAAUACAGGCUGGGUUCCGGCUGUACCUGGGCGUCAGCCCGAGCGUGGGCGGCUGGGGUCCGGCCGGCGACGAGUUCUCGCUGACGCUCGACUCCAACCCGCUGGCCGAGUUCGUCGAGCUGCCCGAGACGUGCAGCAACAUGCGCUACUCGGCGAUCCUACCCGGCAUCGUCCGUGGCGCCUGCGAGAUGGUGCACCUGGAGGUGACCAGCUGGUUCGUCCAGGACCAGCUGCGCGGUGACCCGGUCACAGAGCUGCGCGUCAAGUUUGUGAAGCGUCUCGAAGACUCGGUACCACCCGGUGAGGACUAGUGGCCGGCUGAUGGCCGAAAGUGUCUAGUGAGAACCAGGACACGCUGGGCGGGGACUGAGGAGCACCCCCAGCGAGGCCGGGCACCACCGGGCUGCUCACGCAGUGCCAGCUCUCGGUCGUGCUCUGACUAACUGACGGCAGUGAGCGGCCGAAGUGUGACGUCUACGGCGCCACGGCCGGCGGAGGCGAGGGCUGCGCGAGCUACUCCGUAGCCGACGGCUGGUGUUUGGCUGCUACCCCGGCGAGUCCGGCGCUGGUGUCUUGUUACUACCCCGGCGAGCCGGCCGCUGGUGUCUGGCUGUUACCCCGGCGAGCCGGCCGCUGGUGUCUGGCUGCGGCCCCGGCGAAGCGGUCGGCCUCUUCAGUGCGUCGUCAUUAUUACGGCGGGCUUGGUCGGUGCUUUGGGUCCAUCUAUCCGUGAGCAGUUGUGGUAAUGACGAGGCAUUUCUGACCUUACGUGGGCCAAUUGUUGAUUAAUUAUUGGUAGAUUCCUUCAUUUGCACCGAACGUGACCCCAGACGAAAGGCCGCGACCCAUGUCUUGGCCAAGGGUCAUGCAUAGACUGAUACCUGCUGUUGGGCGUCUGCUGUUGAGCAUGUGGUGCUAUGGCUUUCUGUUGACUCCAGAAUGUAUGGCGCUGGUCACUGUUAAUGAACCUUCCAGAUUGCCACCGUUGCCAAGCCGAUAAUGCCUCCUGAUUCGUGUAACCUGUUGGAAUGGUUACGCGCAUUACGGCUGGCAGCGGCACGUUUGAAUGGAGGCAUGCACAUUUCAGUAUGGGCUCAUAGGCGUAAUGGCCAACUGGCCCAUUUAAACCCGUCUAUAGAACUCUGUUUCAUGGUUUGUAUGUCAACCUGAAGGUGUUGCCGCGCUUUAGAACAUGUUUGAACACGUAUGGUCUGUACGGAGGACGUUUCGCUUUUGUAAUUAAACAUUGAUUAAGUUUC